AUGGCAGCUGCUGCCGCCGAUGCCCCACGCCAUAUUACCGCACUGACGCCGGAGGACAAGGAACGAAUAGCCGCUGCCAAGCUGUAUAGCGGCACUACCCUGCCACGGACAGAGAGAGAGAGAGAACGACAGACGGAGAGAGAGGAGGAGAGAGAGAGAGAAAGAGAGAGGGACGAGCGAGCCAGCUGCAACGAGUGUUUGGUGUGUGGGGCUUUGUUUGGUUCGCAGGAUAAGCUUCGGCUUCACGCCUUCUGUCACACGGGAGAGAAACCCUUCCGCUGCUCCCAGCCACACUGCCCUAAGACCUUCAGCUCCAAAUAUAAACUAUUCAGGUAAAACACAGCACUCCACCAAUAGUUUUUAAACUCUUAACACUUCAAUAGUUCUUCUAAAACACUUUCAAAGACUAACUUUUCUCUGUACUUUCUUUCUCUUCGUUAUCCAGGCAUAUGGCCACACACUCUCCACAGAAAACUCACCAGUGCUCAUUCUGCGAGAAAAUGUUUCACCGCAAAGAUCACCUGAAGAACCACCUGCAGACCCAUGACCCCAACAAAGAGGCCUUCAAGUGUGAGGAGUGUGGCAAGCACUACAACACCAAGCUGGGCUACAAGCGUCACGUGGCCAUGCAUUCAGCCACGGCAGGGGACCUCACCUGUAAGGUGUGCCUGCAGAGCUACGAGAGUACCCCUGCCCUGCUGGAGCAUCUCAAGAGCCACUCGGGCAAGUCCUCCGGAGGUGCCAAGGAGAAGAAGCACCCGUGUGACCACUGUGACCGCUGCUUCUACACACGGAAGGACGUGCGCCGCCACAUGGUGGUCCACACCGGCAGAAAGGACUUCCUGUGUCAGUACUGCGCCCAGCGCUUCGGCAGGAAGGACCACCUGACGCGGCAUGUGAAGAAGAGCCACUCUCAGGAGCUGCUAAAGCUAAAGCCUCCGGACAUGCUGGGCUCUGGCUCCUCCCCCUGCAUUGUCAAAGAGGAGCUCAGCCCCAUGAUGUGCAGCAUGGGUCCCAACAAGGACCCCAUGAUGGCCAAGCCGUUCCCCACUGGCACCCCCUUCCCCAUGGGCAUGUACAACCCCCACCACCUCCAGGCCAUGUCCAACCCUGGAGUGGGUCACCACCAUUCUCUGAUGCCCGGCUCCCUGUCUGCUGCCAUGGGGAUGGGCUGCCAAAUGGAGCCCCCACUCCACCAACCACACCACCACCACCACCAUCACCACCAUCACCACCACAUCCAAAACUCCCCCCCGUUGCCCCACCUGCAGCAGCCCCAACAGCACGCCCAGCCGCCGCCCAAGUACCAGCUGGGAUCUACCUCAUACCUGCUGGACAAGCCCCUCAAAGUGGAGAUGGAGAGCUUUCUCAUGGAUCUGCAGAGUGGGCUUCCGGGCACCCACUCAGGCAAUCAUCAUCAUGCUGCUGCCUCGCCCCCUAAGGAGGGACCAGAGCACCCCUCAGGCCUGACAGACGAGCUGUGUGGAGACCCCCUCCUGUCCAAGAGCCCUGCUGUCAUCGCUGAGUCUCUGUGCGCUGCUAACAUGGACUUUUCUCACCUGCUGAGCUACCUGCCACUCAACCUGCCCCCCUACAACGCCCCCAUGAGCACAGCAGGACUAGUCAUGGGGUACACCUCGUCUGCCGCCUCCUCCUCUUCCUCCUCUUCGUCAUCGUCAUCCUUGCAUGCCGCCGAGCCCCACGCCGUUGCCGCGGCAGCAGCCGCACCUCUUACCUCUUUGCAACCUCAACCUCAGGACCAGCAGGGUUCUAGCAGGGGCCUGGGUCUAGGGCCCCUGCGUCCCCUGCCGCCAGUGUUCAGCUCCAGCCUCAGCACGACCACCCUGCCACGCUUUCACCAGGCCUUCCAAUGA